CCAACGGUCACAGGUUCUUUUCUUCUGAGCUUCAAAGGCUGUCAGCACCUUUUUUUCUCUUUUCCUUCACCUCUUGAGUGAGUAGCUAUGAGCUGGGCUAUGGUAAUCCUGCGGACCAGCCAGAGGGUGGGCGCAAAGAGAGUGAACUUGCCGUGCCCGGCAGUGGCUCCGAGUGCCCGGCGGCCGGCGGGCCUUCCCCUCGGGGACGCCUGGCCCGUCGCCCCCGCGUCCAAGAUGUCGACGGUCAGGUGUGAGCUUAUGAAGAACUUCACCUCAGAGGAGGUUGUUCAUAGCAAUAAGAUCUCCAUUGUAGGAACCGGGUCGGUUGGAAUGGCCUGUGCUAUCAGCAUCCUAUUAAAAGGCUUGACGGAUGAACUUGCCUUGGUGGAUGUUGAUGAAAGCAGAUUGAAGGGUGAGACAAUGGAUCUUCAGCAUGGCAGUCCUUUCGUGAAAAUGCCAAAUAUUGUUUCCAGCAAAGAUUACCUUAUCACCGCAAACUCCAACCUUGUGAUUAUCACAGCGGGUGCACGCCAGGAAAAAGGAGAAACACGCCUUAAUUUAGUCCAGCGAAAUGUGACCAUCUUUAAAUUAAUGAUUUCUAGUAUCGUUCAGUACAGCCCUCGCUGCAAACUGAUUGUCGUUUCCAAUCCAGUGGAUAUCUUAACUUAUGUAGCAUGGAAGUUGAGUGAAUUUCCCCAAAACCGUAUUAUUGGGAGUGGUUGUAAUCUGGACACUGCCCGUUUCCGUUUCUUGAUUGGGCAGAGGCUUGGUAUCCACUCUGAAAGCUGUCAUGGGUGGAUCCUUGGAGAGCAUGGAGACUCAAGUGUUCCUGUGUGGAGUGGAGUGAACAUCGCUGGUGUCCCUCUGAAGAAUCUGAACUUAGAUAUAGGAACUGAUAAAGAUCCUGAGCAGUGGAAAAAUGUUCACAAAGAUGUGGUUGCUAGUGCCUAUGAGAUUAUUAAAAUGAAAGGUUACACUUCUUGGGCCAUUGGCCUAUCAGUAGCUGAUUUAACAGAAAGUAUUUUGAAGAAUCUUAGAAGAGUGCAUCCAGUUUCCACCAGAAUUAAGGGUCUCUAUGGGAUAAAUGAAGAAGUGUUCCUCAGUGUUCCUUGUAUCCUGGGAGAGAGUGGUAUUACUGACCUCAUAAAAGUAAAGUUGACCCCAGAGGAAGAGGCUUAUCUGCAGAAGAGUGCAAAAACACUUUGGGAAAUUCAGAAGGAACUUAAGUUUUAAAGUUGUUUAAAACUACCAUUCUAAAGUUGAUGAAGAAAAUACAGUAGUUGUGGAGUUCUAUAUGUCCAGUUUUUAAAAUAAAUUUGAAUUCCUAAAAGUUGGAAACCAAGAAAGGGCUAGAGUGACUCUUCUAUUUAUUUAACUCCCCAGCUGUUUUAUUUAGCAUCCAGAUGCUGACUGUACUUUUUUUUUUUUU